AUGGCAAAAAGAAACACAUAUCAAUCGAACCGAACCAUCUAUGGAACCAAUGAUAUUUAUUUUGAAUGCAAAUCAGAAUUAAAACAAAGAAGGAUGUCAUCACAUGAGAAAUCACCUUUGAUCAACGGUGGUGAUAUAGGUAUUGAAUCACACGAUUCAGGCAAGAAAUUCUCACCACACCCAGCAUUCUGGAAUACCGUAAAGGCAUUCGCAGGUGCUGGUUCAUUCGCUCUACCAUGGGCAGUUUCGCAAGCUGGUAUUUGGAUUGGAUCAAUCGGUUUAGUACUGAUUGCUUUACUCUCAAACUAUACGAUGGGACUGCUAUUAAAAUGUAAUAUAGAGUUUGUAUCGCAACAGAUGGACUCUGAACGACCACCAUCCUAUGCGGAUUUAGGUCGUCGUGCAUUCGGUCGUAUCGGUGAACUCUUUGUAUGUUUCAUGAACUUUUCAGUGACAAUGUCCAUCUGUAUCGCCUAUCUGAUAUUGAUCGGUGAGAACUUUGGUGAACUCUGUCACUACAAUCAACAAGUUAUCAUCUGGUUCGUUUUACCCGUAAUUAUUCUCCUAUGUUUUUUAACCGAUAUGAAAUAUUUAGGAUAUACUAGUAUCUUUGGUGCAUUAUCGUUGAUGCUUGCUAUGGGAACUGUUUUGGCAUAUGGUGGAAUCAACUAUAGUAUUAAACCGUACGAGGAUUACAAGGUGGAUUACGCGAAUAUUCCAUUGUGGUUUGGUGUAGCCGCCUUCUUUUUUUGUAAUCAUAUCGUUGUGAUUCCGGUGUCACACGCCAGUGGCGACUGUGCCCGUUAUCCACGUAUUCUCGACUACGCAAUGAUCUUUAUCACCAUUGUCAAUGUUGUGUUUGCAACACUCGCCUAUCUCUACUUUGAUUUCUACGUCGAUGCCAAGGGUCACGUUGGUGUGCCCUCCUCGAUCACACAAGCACUGCCACAGGGUGCUUUCGCACAGGUAGUGAGAAUGUGUGUGGUGUUCGAGUUGACCUGUUCGUUCCCGAUCGUCUGCGGUGCCGGACUCAACGUAGUCGACUCAUCGGUUGAGUUCUUCCACCGUCACUUCUCGGCGUUCCCAGAGCGUGACACCGACGACAACGGCGACAAACUGUUCUUCUCCCGCAACUGGAAGUUCUACGUUCUCCGUAUUGCACUGACUGCCGCUUUGGCAGCGGUCGCCACCACCAUCACCAACUUUGGAUCGUACACAUCUCUGAUUGGAUCUCUGAUGUUGGCCAUUGCUGGUUUCGUGGUUCCCCCAUUAGUUCACAUUAAAUUCUUCCCAGAUCAAAGCAGACUUCAAUUUGUUUUCAACAUCAUCAUCUCUAUUUUCGGUGUUGGUGCAACCGUACUAGGUACAUGGCAGAGUAUAGUAGCCCUUAUCAAUCCAUCUGAUUAA